AUGGUUCAACUAGACGUUGAGAAGACUAUUGGAGAGCUCACGAUAGGCGAGAAAGUCUCCUUGACCGCAGGAGCGGACUUCUGGCACACGGUUGCCGUCCCACGCCUCAACAUUCCAGCACUCCGCAUGUCAGAUGGCCCAAACGGCGUUCGAGGAACUCGGUUCUUCAAGGGCUUCCCGUCAGCAUGUUUCCCUUGUGCUACUGCUCUCGGUGCCACCUGGGAUACGGAAUUACUGACCCAGGUAGGUGAGCUGCUCGGCGAAGAAGCUAUUGCGAAGGGCACACACAUAGUCCUGGGCCCGACUAUCAAUAUCCAGCGCUCUCCUCUCGGUGGACGGAGCUUCGAGUCCUUUUCGGAGGAUGGCACACUUUCUGGCACUCUGGCCGGAUACGUUACGAAGGGUAUGCAGAGCAAGGGGGUCGCUGCGACCAUGAAGCAUUUCGUUUGCAACGACCAAGAGCACGAACGGAUGGCCGUCAACAGUGUUGUGACAGACCGUGCGCUGCGUGAAAUAUAUCUGCUUCCUUUCCAGCUAGCCAUGCGCAUCGCCCGCUCCGCUUGCGUUAUGACCGCUUAUAACAAGGUCAACGGCAUUCAUGCAAGCGAGAACAAGGCCUUGUUGAACGAUAUCCUACGCGAGGAGUGGGGAUGGGAUGGUCUAAUCAUGAGCGAUUGGUUCGGUACCUACAGUACAUCCGAGAGUAUCAACGCUGGUCUGGAUAUUGAAAUGCCUGGGAGAACUCGCUGGCGCGGUGACGCCCUUGCACACGCGGUAUCAUCACAAAAGGUCCACGAGUUUAAGCUGGACGAGCGUGUCCGCAAUAUUCUGAAUGUGGCGAAUUUUGUUGAGCCGCUGGGUAUUCCUGAACAAGCAGUCGAAAAAGGGUUGAACCGACCAGGAGACCGAAAGCUCCUCCGCCGUGCUGCCGCAGAAUCAGCUGUUCUGCUGAAAAACGAAGGCGCUGUCCUUCCAUUCAAAAAAAGCAAAUCCAUCCUUGUGAUUGGUCCAAAUGCUAAGAUCGCUUCUUAUUGCGGUGGCGGGUCAGCUUCACUUCAUCCUUAUUAUACAGUGACUCCGUACGACGGAGUUACAGGGAAAAGCGAAGGCGAAGUCAAAUUUUCGCAAGGCGUCUACUCGCACAAGGAUCUCCCCCUUCUAGGACCACUAUUGAAGACCACUCAUGGCAAGAAAGGAUUUAGUUUCAAAGUCUUCAACGAGCAUCCCAGUCAUGGAACUCAUCGAGAAGUUGUGGACGAGCUCCAUCUCGUGGAUUCAAGUGGUUUCCUGAUGGACUAUUAUAACCCAAAGAUCAAAUCAAAGACAUACUUCGUGGACAUGGAAGGCACUUACACUCCAGAAGAAAGUGGCCUGUACGAUUUUGGUGUUACGGUCGUCGGCACCGGCCAACUAUUCGUCGAUGGACAGCUUGUUGUUGACAAUACGAAGAAUCAAAAGCAAGGUUCUGCAUUUUUCGGCUCUGGGACCAUCGAAAAGCGUGGCUCCAUAGAGCUCAAGGCUGGCCAAACAUACAAGAUCCUCUUCCAAUUCGGAUCUGCGCCUACCUCCGACCUUAACACUCGUGGUACUGUGGCCUUCGGGCCCGGUGGCUUCCGAUUCGGGGCAUCUCGUCGCGUAGGCCAAGAGGAACUCAUUUCGCAAGCCGUGGAGGAGGCCUCAAAGGCUGACCAAGUCGUUAUUUUCGCGGGUCUCACCCAAGAGUGGGAGACCGAAGGCUAUGAUCGCGAGCACAUGGAUCUCCCCCCCAGGAAGCGAUGA